AUGCGGGGUUUAUUCUAUCUCAAAUUACUCGCCUGGGUUGUACUAUUGUCCUUAUGUCUUCUUAUGGCACACCGGAAAACCAAAGUUGCCGACAAAUUUCGUGCACUGCGUUCAAGAAUACAAUCGCGCUUCAACAGGCGUAUACGUUUAAAUGAUUCCUUUGCUGACGAUCUAGAAAAUGGUCUCCAUUCACGCAAUUUUGAUAUUAUCUCAGAGAACAGUAAUGACGCAAGAGGUGGCCUGGAUGAUAUUUCCAAAAACGAGAUUAAAAAAAUUAUGGAAAAUGAUAAUAUAGAUUUCGAUAAGGCUAGACUACUAUACAUGGAAAGAAAGUUCGGCCAAAAUGGUAUUGCCCCCGAUGGGACCCCUAUUGACCCAAAAGCUUUCACCUUUGAUAAAUAG